AUGUCCGGCAAACUCAAGCAGCGCAGCUCGGCCAAUGCCGCCGAAGAGGCUACCACGUCGCUGAACGAGAAGAUUCUCAAGCAGUGCCACGUCCUCUACACGGAUGGCGACAGUGGGCUCAUUAAGGUUGCGGGCGACCUUGGCCUCAGUCUGCUGCCGCCCCGGAAGAAGAUCACGGUGAUGCUGAUGGGAAAUCACUCCGCUGGCAAGAGCUCCUUUAUCAACUGGUACGUGGAGGAACACCUUCAGAGGACCGGAGUCGCCAUAGAAACCCAGGGAUUCACGUUCGUCACGAGCGGACGCAAGCGGGAGUCCCUCACCGGAAAUGCCACUCUCCAUCUCUACCCGCACUUCAAGGCCCUGCAGAACUUUGAAGGUGUGUCGGAGUACCUGUGCACGGAGAUUUCCACAUCCAAGCAGAAGAAGUUCAGCUUGGUGACCUUCAUAGACACGCCUGGCCUAGUGGACGGUGACAUGAAGUACCCCUUUGAUGUGGACAAGGCCCUGCUGGGGCUAGGUGAGCUGUCGGACCUGCUGUUUGUGUUCUUCGACCCCAUGGGGCAGGCGCUGUGCAAGCGCACGCUCAACAUCGUCGAGCGACUCAACGAGAACCACGGCGAGAAGAUCCGCUUCUACCUGAGCAAGGCGGACGAGGCCGGCUCUGAGAGCGACCGCCAGAGGGUCAUGAUGCAGAUCGUCCAGGAGUUAUGCAAGCGGCCCGGCCUUAACAAGUGCGGCUUCGACAUGCCCACCAUCUACAUCCCGAACCCCAACAAGCCGAGCCGCUGCGUGAACCAGAUCGAGGAGGUGUGCAAAUCCAUCGAGAAGACCAUCAACCAGACGAUCCAGAACACGCUCAACACGCUGGAGAAAGACUGCGAGCUCAUUGCGAGCACCAUCGACCGCAAGCUGCACAACGAUCGGGAGGCGAGCAAGCACAACCGCACCGCACGCUGCAAGGGUCUGCUUCUCGGAAUACUGUCCCUCGCCCUACCCACGAUGCUCUUCGCCAAUUUCCUGUUGGCCAGCGUUGGGCAGGAAGUGUUGGCAUCGGUGCUGGGCCGGGAGACCCUGGAUACCGUGCGCGUGGGGCUGGCGCCAUUGGCGGUGAUUUGGGAUUGGAUCCACGAGGAGAACCACACGUUCUUCAUUCUGGGUGUCGUCGUGUUCUCGCUCAUUCUGUUGUUUAUCGCCAAGUAUAUCUGCAGGUCACAAGUCACCUUCAGCAGUCGCGAGCGACGGCAGUUGGAAGAGAAACGCACGUACGUGCAGACCGUCGUCAAGCAGAAGAAGAUGAAGCUGUACGAAGAUUACCUCCGGCAGAGCGUCGCAGACCACGACAUGGACUGAGGGGGGCGUGUGACAUCGCGACCCUAAAGGGACCGCCGCAGCCUCUCACACUACCUCACCGUGACGUCUGCUGGUGUAUUUUGCGUGUUCGGAUCAAGCUCGUUGCAAGCCCUCCCCCCUCCCCAAGACCCCUCCAGCAGGGUAUCAUUGGGCAGCUCGAAAAAUUCCCCCCCCCCAUCCACUUUUUAUCUCGUCUUCCCUAGCCAUGACAAUGCCGUGUGCCACAAUUGGACGUGUAGAUUUUCAUGGCCACAUGUAAUGCAAGUGAAGAUAAUGUAACGUUAAAGUUUUGGCGAGAUACAACGUAUGCACGCAGCAAGAUGGUGGGACAACGAAUCAUUCCACAUGCUGUAUCCGUACUGCGCAGCUCAAGAAAGCCGUCGUCGGCCGCUCAGAAACCACCUUCCCUGAUGGAAGAACUGCGUUAUAGCGAUAAAGCGUUGUGUGAACACGCAUUAAGCGAGGAAUUAUCGGACCUGGAAUGCUGCAAUAAUGUCUUUUUCGCACAAACACUAUUCUUUUAUUCGAGUCGCGAGGAAGAUUCUGAUGUGGUUAGUUGGUGCUCAAUGAAGAGAUGGCAUUUGUGUGCAUAUGUACGAGAUGCACAUGGGUGGGUCUAGGGUAUGUAGUUCUGGAUUUUCACUGCCCGCACACUUUUCUACAUCGUAUUUGAUUCGAAAAAUACGCACAUUUCUUAGGUAGUGGUUUGUGUGUCGGCGGACUGCCCAUUUGUCUGAUGGAGACCUGUUUACGUGAUUCCGAUGGAGAAAUGUAUGGGUGGAUCAACUACGCCAGGCAGGAACAUGCGACCAUAACACAUGCCUUGCCCUAAAUGUUUAGUUUUAACACUUAUAACUGUCGUAACUGUUUACACUUGUGACGGUAUAUGAAGUUACGGAACCGUGGCCAAAAUGUAUUUUUCUCACUAAUAAUGGUUGACUAACUUUUAAAAAAGUGUUUUUCUUAAAAUGAGUGACAUGUCGUGAUCCUGGAUGUUGACUCCAGACAUUCCCUGGGAAUGCAGUAAGUCUAAGUGCAGCUCUUUCGGUCUAUACCAGGUUGAGCCAAUUUUCUACGGUGGAUUUUUUUGACGUCGCAGGUUGAUAGUAUUUUUUUAACCUAGUAACUUAAUACGUCUGCUGUUUAAUACUGACCAGUUGCUGUUAAGCGCGUGGUGUUUGAUGGCAGCCACGAAUUGAGAAACGGAUCUGCACGUUAUGAGCAUUAUGGCGGGACCUCGGGAUACCAAGUAAUACAAAAUGACCGAGGCAAUUGAAUGUUUUAUUUCUGUGACACUAUUUUUUCCAAGGGUGUACUUAACUCCGCGACUGGGGCACCAAUACAUUCGAAAACCGGUGCUACUCCGCGAUGUCGAAACGCCAAACGGCAUAAAAAAAAAUCCGUUAUUGAAAAAUUCAACUUUGAAUGGUGCAUCGUGUACAGCACGUCGAGAUGAGUCGAUUGCCGCAUCGCCAACCAUCAACAGACUAAAAAUGACCGCAUCACGGACAUGCGAGAGCCGGGGGUUCUGCCAUAAAGUUCAUAUCCUCUCUGCAACGGCCCCCGGAUGAACUGUUGAUCCGUAAUAAAAAAAAACACGCAAUCAUG